AUGGUCUUCAAGAAACAAGAGGCCAUCAGCUUCUUAGCGACUACGCUGGGUUGGCUGAGUGCCAUCGUGAGCUGUGUGCUGCCCGUUUGGAGGGUGACAUUUCCAGAUGAUGAGACAAACCCAGAGGACAGCAUUUGGGAGGGUCUGUGGUACAUCUGCCAGGUUCAGGGAGACAACUGGAUACAGUGUACACGGUAUGGUACUCAGCUACCAUUAGCAAAGGACCUAAAGGUGUCUCGAGUCUUCAUGGUCCUCUGCACCAUUGGAACCUGGCUGGGAUUGUUGCUGUGCAUGAUUGGGGAUGAUCGCAUCAAGUUUUGGAAGAAUAAAAAUCUUAAAGACAAGGUCUUGAAGGUAGCCGGUGUCAUAUUCCUUGGUGUUGGCCUUCUGGUGCUGAUACCCCUGUCCUGGGUGUUUCACUCUACCUGGCCUGGACCAGCUCCCUGCUGCUAUCAUUGGGAGGCAUCCUGCUCUGUGUUGAUAUCCAAUUAUUCAGUGACAAUUCAGAAGCAAACGGAAAUACUCCAGCUGAUUCAGAACCGCAUAUACUUGUACCGCUUUCUGCUCUUGAAGAUGGCCGUCUUUCAGCACUGGAUGUCGGGGCUGGCCCAGGAAGCCCGAGGUUCCGGCAGUGACCAGGCCCACCUGAUUCCAGAAGUCAUCAUAACCUGCGCUCUGGGCUUGGUCCUUCGAGCUGGACUGGCUUUGCUGUGGUUCCCCGUGUGGCUGCUGCUCUGGGGACCCAGGCUGGCGUACAGAGUCGGGCUGUGCUGUACCCACACUGUGAGGCUGGCCUUGGGGCACCUCUGUGCCUGUGAACCUCUGUGUCUGUCUCCAGCCACCUUCAGGGACUUGUUUCUAUCCUGCCUGCAUAGCCUCAUGCUGGUAGCUUUGCUGAUGAUGCUUCUAACCUGGAAGCUGGUGCAGAAAGCCCAUCACUUUAGUCUGGGCUGGCUGUCCAGCCAGAAGUCUGUGUUGCUAGAAGCCCUGUCCCUGCUGAGGCGCCUCUACCUGUGGGUGGAGCACAGGACCACACUCACUUCCUGGAACCUGGCUUAUCUUGUCACUUGGAUGACCUGCCUUGCUUCUCACCUGCUUCAGGCUGCCUUUGAACACACAGCCCAACUAGCCCAGGCCCAGGAGGCCAAAUCACCGGAGACCUCAGGGCCCUCACCUCAGUUCUUAGUUCCAGAAUCCUCCACCACUGAGUCUGGACCCCUCCCACCCCAGCCUGAAACCCCCGGAGAAUAAAUGUGUCCCCAACCUGC